AUGUCUCGUCCAACCCGUAUGAUUCUAGAGAAUCACCAAACAGCCCCAUUUUACGCUAACUCUAACUCUCAAGGUGUGAAAACCAAUUACUACCCUGGUGACGAGGUAUGCCAAGGUCUCUCCGUAAAUGGAGAGACGACCAUCUUCUCUAGAGAGGGUGCACCUUUACUUGCUACUUAUGGAUUCAAGGAACAAUGUCUUCAGUUGAAACCUUUUCAGGUAGAUGAUGAAUAUUACCGAUUAUUACCAUUGAAUAGCAAAUUUGAUUGUUCCAAAAUAAUCAUCAACCCUACUGACGUCUCAUCUUCUCUGGAUAAUCUAAUGGACGUGAGAUACUUAAAAGCGGAUAUUUGGAAUCAUGAUGACCAAAGGUAUCGAAGAGCAUUGGAUACUUGCAUAAAACUUACUACUGGUACUUCUCAUGGUUACCAUGAAAGCGAAGAAGGACAGACGUCUGAAUAUAAUCGUUGGCAUUAUGGUCGAUCCAAGGACUUUGUGGAAGACUAUGCUAAUUUCCUGGAAGAGAAUGAAAGAGAAGCUGGACAGAUUGGACAAAUUGGAAAAGUUGGAAGAGAGGCCUCCGCGAAUGACGAUGUUCAGAGUACGAUCGAUCGCAUCAUCGAAACACACGGAACGGCUAUGCCAGGACUCCCUGAUCCAUCAACAAGACAUGGCGUUCAGGCCACUGUUCAAAUGGGUGGCACCCAAACAUAUUCCAUGAUCGGAGGUGCAUCUCGGAGUCCUCAAGGCAAUGGUCAUGGAUAUGGAUAUGAACAUGGAAGUUUCGGUGAUACUCAAGGAUAUUCUGCAAGUAAUCAAUCUGGAAAUAAUCCCUACCAUGUCACCUCGGCCCACGGAUCCCUACCAGAAUAUAACCAAUGUAUCCGGUACCAAAUGCAGCACCAGCCAGGGGGCAGCUGGUUACCCCACGGAUCAUACUCUGCUCAGACUGUUACCCCCCAAAUGGGCGAACAAGGACAUCACGAGGACUCCAUGGAGGAAAAUCACGUUACCAGAUCUAUCAAUGAAAUGUUGGAUCGCUUCAGCUAG